UAGAGUGCAACUCAUUUUUGUUUUGUUCCAUUUGAUAAAAUUACAGUUUUAAAAAAUUCUUCACAGUCGACAGUGCAAAUAUAGAAAGACACAAUUGUCAUUUUAACCAAUAUAAUUAACUAUCUUCCGAAUACGUGAACUACUUUGAUUGGUGGAAUACACAAAAUCAGGACGCUCAACACAUUGAUUUUUACUUUAUUUAUAUAGAAUCAUUGUAAGGGUAAUUUUGAGAAGUGUGUUUCCGUUAUAGUCAUCAUGAUUUCAAGUGCUCUGUUAAUGUUACUAUCGUUAUUGAGUUCAGUGCAAUUGAGUGCAGCCGAAUCAGAGAGAUGUCUUCUUCCUGAAAUGAGAAAGAAGCUUGAUGUGGAAAGGCUAUCCAAUACAUCAUGGUAUACCGGACUGCAGACAAAGGAUAUCACAGCAUCGGCGAUCACUUGUGUAAGAUUUAGUAAUUUCACCUCUACGACGUCAGGAUUUGGAGUCGUUCUAACCGAACAUGGUGACAGAUUAGUGCAAUUUGAAAACCAUUUCAACUACGUUAAAAACGGAAUUUAUCGCGUUAGUAAAUCGGAGAGAGAACUUGAUCACGCUGAGUACGUCAGAGAAUCGAACGGACUUGAUGAGAAAACAGUGCUACGUAUAGAUCACGUUGUAGCUGAUGGAAACCAGGUGUUUCUGACUGACUACAAAAACUAUAUUGCAGGCUUCAUCUGUCCACCGGAUCCGAUAAUAGAUAAUGAACAUAGGUUUGUAUGGGGAUUUUUCCCGAGUCCAAACCCAACUUUGUCACAAAUUGCAGCAUUUAUGAAUGUUCUUCACGAUGCCGGAAUAUCUACCCACUUUCAUAGUUCAACCUGUUCAGAAACAAACUGGAGCCAAAGUUUGCAAAUACCAAAAUAAACCAACAGUAAAAAUCUAGAACUCAAUUUCGAAAAUGUCCAUUUGUGUUUUCGGAUGAAGUGAAGUCCAACUUCAAAUAGACAGCUAGUUGCAAAAUAUUGAAAUUACAUUAUAUGUGUUCCUGCACAUUGACGAUUGAUCGAGCAAUUUUAAAUUACAUGUAUAAUUUAUUUUAAUUUACACAUUACUGUUAUCCUGGUAUAAAUAAAUUAUUAAUUACAAUUUAAUUAU